UGCAUUGAAUUUUUUGCUCUAAUCGUCGAUCGAAAACUACUUUAACUAAUUAAAUAAAAAAAAACAAAAGAAUUUAAUAAAAGAACAAAACAAACGAGAAACGAAUAAAGGAAUAAAGAUUGAAAAAAUUGUUUUUGAAAAUCUUGGUAGUACAUUGCGUUUUGUUUCGUAGUUUGCUGCGUCGGUCAACAUUAAACUAAACUUGACAGUUUGAUAAUAACACAGCAAAUAAAACGCAAUGUCAUCAUUCGUUUUUCCGACUGACGUGUAGAAGAACAAGAGUGUUUGCUUUUUAUCGUUUUUUGGGAAAAUGCCAUCGAUUACAGUGUAAAUAGUGUGUAAACGUGAAAGCUAUUACAAUGGCCACGCUAAUACAGUCUUACGAGCAACAAUAUUCAGUGCUUACUGCUGACAUAACUGCAAAAAUCAGUCGCCUGAUAUCGUGCAAUGAAGAAAAUCGAGAUCAACUUUCCAGAGAAAUACUAUCGAAUUUUGAAGAAGCCAACGAUUUGUUAGAACAGUUGGAGCUGGAGUCUCGCAGUGCAGGUGCGGGCUCGCGCGUGGGUGCCUACCGCGUGGAGCUGUUGCGAGUGCAGGACGAGUACCGAGCAGUAGUCGCCAGCCACGCUGCCAAGUACAACAUAGACAAUGAGAUAGAAGACUAUGAAGACUGGAGCGGUUUAGCCGAUCAACAACGCAUGCUACUGGACAACACUGAGCGAGUGGAGCGCACGGGAAAGACCAUCACUGAGGGAUACAGGCUGGUGCUGGAGACGGAACAAAUUGGCGCUGCUGUACUUCAAGACUUGAGUGUACAGAGAGAGACGAUACAACGAUCUCGUGGGAGGCUCCGUGAAACAGACGAGCAGCUGAACCGUUCGUCGCGCCUCCUCAACUCAAUGGUGAUGCGGGCGCUGCAGGACCGCUUCGUGCUCAGCGUCGUGUUCGUCGUGCUCGGCGGGCUCGGCUGCCUGGCCAUAUACUUCACCGUCACUUAGCCAGCUUGACCAGAAAAGUGAGGUACCCAUAUGCGUAAUCUAUUGGUUAGGUGUCCGUGAAGAGGCAUGUAUAUUCUUAUUUGUUCAUUGGUAAGCUGCUGCAUAUAAUUAUUAACAAGCAGCAUACAUUACACUAUCCCAGUUAUUAAUUGAGGAUAAUAUUAAUAGAAAAUGCACUACGGCCCGAUUGCGAACGUCGGUCUGCGACCGACGCGGACGAGCCUGGGCUUGCUGCAAGCCCACACUCGGCCUCGUCGGCACGCGCACCGACGAUCGCCAAACGGCUAGAGUACCUUCUGUACUCGCCACUUUGCCCGGUGUUGCUGGAAAAGCUCUUCAAGCUACAAGCGCGCGUCCCUUCAAAAAAAAAAAAUGGAAAAUGCGCAUUGCACAUAAGUUGGCAUUCUAAUAUUAAACCACAUUACACACUGAAUAGUUUGUUGCUUUCAUCAACUUUAUGGGAAUUUUAUUCACUACAGCAUCCCUGUUAUGCAUAAAAAAAAUCUCACAUUGAUAUAUCUCCAACUCAUACUUGGACACAUUGUAUUAUUAUUGUCCUCAUAUUCCAUACAUUGACUAAAAAAGACAGUAUUCUUAAUUUAGGACUUUUAUUCAUUGUAAAAAAAAGAAAGCAUUUAAUAAUUUUAAGAAACAAUAUCAUGAGAAAAAAAUAUUUUACGCGUUAUUCAGAAUUCCUGUGUUGUGAUAAUUUAAGUUUAUUUAUGUUUGUGUGUUCACGCACUGUUACAUUUAAAAAAAUCACAUAUUGGUUAAGUACCUGACUAUAUUUAUUAAGAUUAUGUUAAAAAUUACACUAUAUUCAUUAGAAAUUAGGUUUAAGUUAUUUAUAUUCAUAUAAAACUACUAUAAAAGACAAUCAAAUUAUGUUUAUACUUCCAGCAUUGUAGAUAGGCUCAUUUUAAACCACCUAAAAAAUUCUUGAUAAUGAAAUGAAAAAUUAUAGCUAAUUUAUUAACAUAACUCAUUCUAUCAAUAAAUAUGUAAUAAACUUGUAAGUAUAACCAGGCCUGUUCAUCUCCGCGAGUUCACAUCGAAAACAAAACACGCACGAUAGCCCACCUACAGGAGGCGAUUCGACAAGGCGUCACAUACGAGAUACGAGCGAGCAUUGACACACGCACGCGUACUCUUGUAUUAUGGAAAAAAAAUACUGUGCAGUAUUUAACUGCCUAAAUAAUAAUAAAAACACACAAUGUACUUUUUUUAAGUUGUUUGAAGACACUGAGAGGUAAAUAAGUGGUUAUUGUUAUUCAUGAUAAUUCAUGCAAAUUCAUGUAUUUCUUCCGACAUUUUCCGCGAUUUGGCACUUCACGUCACACAUUAGUUUGCCGAAGUUCGCCGAGCCAGCUAUUGUCAAUUAUUAUAGGUGUCAAACAGGAUAGGGUCUUUGCGCUGGUUUUCGUCCAACUAUCUGAGUUGCCAACUUUGUGAUCUUAAAAUACCCUUACAUAAAUGUAUCAUAUUAUUUUAUGUCGUUCGAGUGCUCAUAAAGGCAGUCAACUAAAGUCCAUACUGCAACGCACACACAAUCCGCACUGUAACGUAAACGCCUUGCCUCGCCGAUGACAGCGCGCGAAGGGCAAUGACAGCUCGCAAAACACUGACGUAUAUCAAUGUCUCAUGGACUUGGCGUAACUUUAAAAUAAACGUACUCGGUACAUUACGCACACAUUUACACGCAUUAUAAAUACAUACACGAUUUAAGAAAACAACAUGGCCGCAAUAUAGGCAAUCAGCUGACAGGUAUUUGUGUGUGUGUGUGUGCGUGUAGUUGUCAGCUGAUUGCCUAUAAAUAUGUUGUUUUCUUAAAUCUUGUAUGUAGGUACCUACUCGGCACAAGUCAGGUAGUUAGUGACGUCACAUGAAAAUGUUGCCAGAAUGAGUACUGACCAAACAUUAUCUAUUUCUUUUUUUUAUACAUCACCAGGGGUAAGUUAGAAAGAGAUAAACAGCUGUUUGUCAUUAAUUUGUCGAAUUUUUGUAUAGAUCUAUAUUUCCUCUCCACUAUUACCUCCAUGCCACAAAAGGCGAUACGUUGUUGAUCCCUUUCCGAGUUGAUUUGCCUGCUAUAUGACCUGAGCUAUGCUUUAAAAAAAUGACCCUUAGUCAUCUAAGAUUUAAUUUUGUAUGAAGAAGUUUAAUAAACACUUAAAAUUGUGUUUAUAAUGCUAUCAAUUAGACAUACGUGCCAAAAACUUUUCCUGUCAGCCAAUGAUAUUAAAGAACUAUAGAUAUGUUACGUUCAUAGAAAUUACGAUUUUAAUCCGUGCCGAGCUAUUCCAAAUUGCACACAUUGACAAAUGUAACUGAUAAGUGAAACAAAAGAUACGAAAUAGCACGCAAAUGAAAUAGAUAGCUAUAGUUUUAACGAUUCUGAACUAACUAAUCUAUGUCCGCAGCGCACCCAUCCUUAUCGCUCUAACGUCAAAACAAGAUCGCUUUCUCUUUCUUAACUUGAACAUGGCGCAUGGCGUCUUGAUUGCUGGCAUAAAUAAUUGAAAAUAUAAAUACUAAAUAAUUUUGCAUAAUCACAUGUGGUAAGAGAUCCCUUGUAUUUUGUUUACUUUAGUCAUAAUUGGUACACUUUCGAAACACACACGAUGGCAUUUUUUAUUUAUUUUGGUAAGAACACAGGAACUUACGGUGUGGUACGCACGCGAUUGCGCACGACGCAGGCCACACGAAGACUAAACACAAGACGUCCCAAUUGGGACGUAUUUGAGUAUUCACAGCGCGAGCGCUUAUAACAUAUCUGCUUUUGUUUUUAUAUAAUAUCAUUGCUGUCAGCACGUUUUUUUUCUAGCGCGAUGAUUUCUGCAAUGUACCGGUGACCGGUGUAUGGCCGCGCAUUUACGUAAUUUUUUUGAACUCACUACUUUUUAAAUUACAUUUUCAUUUAGGUAGAACUGUUGCUUUGGCGUUAUAGAUUGCAACAAAACUAGCGCGGGAUGGCUACUGCCUUCUGUGAAUACAAUACUUUGUAUUCAAAUUUUACGCAUGUGUUUAUGGCAGCUCAGUGAAAUGGACGAAAACCGAAGUUAGAUAGAAAACCAGCACAAUGACCCUACUUUCAAAAAUUAAUAUUGCGAUUUUAUAAAUCACUUAAACAACUUUAUAUUAAUUUGCGGUACGAAGUACGCCGGGACAGCUCGUAAAACAAAUUCAUUAUUUACAUAUUACUAAUUUAUCAACUUUGUUCAUUGUUAGUUCAUUAGUUGUUCGUGUUUCGUUUGGGUUAGACCAAGAGCCGAAUGCAAAAAAUAAAUGUUACUUAAUUAUAUUAAUCCUACAAAAAACGGACGGACGUGUGCAAGUCUAAUAGCCAUAUACUUGGUUAACUCAUUUUAAAAAGUGCACAAAAACGUUCUAUGUUCAGACAGACUAUAUUAUGACGAAUCUAUAAGGGUUCCGUUUUUGCCAUUUGGCUACGGAACCCUAAAUACCGUAUCAAAAUCUGUUGCAUAGUUUUAAAGAUCUAAGCAUACAUAGGGACAGACAGACAGGAAAGCGACUUUUUUUUAUAAUUAUUACGUAGUGAUGAUGGGCAUAUAGACCAAAUAAAGACAUUUUGAUUUAAGGGGGGGACAUCGUAAGAGCCAUUCACAUUUUUAUCAGAAAGUUAAUAAAUUAAUAUAUUUCAUUUAGGUUUUUGAAAUCUAAAACAGCCAGGAAAUCAAAGAGGCAAACAUGAUACCUUUGUGAUUUUAUAGGAAUUUUAUUGUAAAACACGGUCAUAUUAAACUUUUAUAAAAAAAUCCAGAGGUAAAUGUUUUUUUUGAGAAAAAAUUUUUCUAAUCGUGUUUUCGAAAAUAUCAUCCCAUCACACAUACGUUCUGUAAUACAUAAUAUUGAAAACAGUGCGAAAUAUCGUCAAUUGCAGUUUUCACAUACUAAGGACCCAUAAUGAAAUUAGUAUAAUGUUUGUUUAUGUAAUAAAAUUUGGUUUGAAAUACCUACUGAAUUGAAUUUUUAUUUCUUACUAGCUUUUUGGCUUCGCCCACGUGAAAUAAAUUGUCACAGUUAUGUGUGUUAUAAAAUAUUUAGGUGCUAGCUCUUACACUAUAUAACUGGCGGCCGCAUGUAGCUGCGCGUUGCCGCGAAGAGCAGUGAAUGCAAGUGUGGUGCGCUAGAUGGCGACACAGUAGCUUCUUGUAGCAGUCAGCCCUAUGGCAUCAAGACAGUACCGAUCACUGACUAUGUCAACAAAACGGUGCUCGACUCAUAAGACAAGCUAAAUUACACCAUAUUGUUGAUGACAUUGAGCAUACAUUUUUUUGAAUACCUUCGCGAAGAAAAACUUCUGUACGUAGUACUUAUUAUUAUUCUGUGGUAUAACCCCAUCAGUAACGGUUUUCUGCACUCUUCUAAUGUAAAAACGUGUAUUUUAUACGAUCUGUACGUAACGUAAUGUACAUUAACGCUUUUUAUGAUUAUUGUGAGACUGUUAUGUAGGUAACUAAGUGUAGAUAGGUAGAUCAAAUAUUUACUCAUCUGUGCAAUAUUGAUGUAAGGCAAAUAAAAGGUGUGGCUUAUGUACGAGUUUUAUUCAUUUUCUUGAAACUUAAGAUGGCCAUAACGACACGACAAUCCACAUAGAUCAGAAAUGAAACAAAAUUUGCAAGAAAAUUACAUAAUAUAUUAAUUCUACAUCUUUAUAAUACAUUUAAAUACAAUAUCAAUCAGUAGAUAAAAUUAACAGUAAACGACUGUGCCAUUUCCAAUACAAAAACAUGUAAGAAAGGCACAAUGAUUCGUACAUUACGUCUAUCUCAACAAUUUACAAUACGGCAUAUUCACAGCUGAUAGCAUAACUAGCUACACUAGGUUUGUAGAGCCCUACCGAAGUCUUGAUCAGCAGAUUUACUAUGUCUAUGACCAUGAUAUUUUAAUUAUCCUCAUUCUAUCCGUCAUAUUUAGAUAAAUGUGGCAUUACUUACUUUGCAUAAACUGCCACCAUAACGACCAACAAAAGCAAUCAUGUUUUCCAUCACACAAUAUUAUCGCUAUCGCCUAACCUAACCUAUCGAUAAAUGACGUUUUGGCGACAGUAAUUUGAACCUGUACCACUAUCCUCAUAAAGCUAGAGAAACUAAAUAGAUUGCACCUAGUAAUGUGUAUAGAAAACAUUCUGAUUU